AUGCCACCAGUUCCAAAUAUUCCUCCUGCUUUGACUGGUAGCAAGGAAGGGACAUUCGCAUUUUUAACGGUUCGCGAUCGUUGGCCAAAGAUAUUAGGUAAAAUUGUAGACCAAGUGCAUCGGUAUCGACAUGCUCAUAUUGCUGUUCAUGGCGAGGUAGGCGAAAAAGAUAUUAAAUCGGUCCUUAGUCAACUGUCUGAGUUAUCUUAUCUUGUCUCCACGGACAAACCAUUGCAAGAUCUUAGUGACCAUGGAGAAAACGUUAGUAUUUGGAAUGAAGAACUGAGAGAAUUGCGAAUGAAGAAAGGUACAGAACAAGUGACUUGGUAUCGUUGUGAUUGGUUGUUUGCUGAAUGUUUUUUAUAUAGGCAAAUAAUGAGUUUGUUUUUGAAAACAACAACACUAAAACAAUUCGAUCCAUUCGCAUCACAGAAACAAGGCUCUUUUAUUGGUUGCAUUGAUACGAUUAGUAUGCUUGCAAAACGUGUGGAAGAAAUGGCAUCAGAAACAGCAAAAGUCAAUUACGACAUAAUUUCUUAUUUUUUCCAGGUGUGUUUAUGGGGAAAUACAUGUGAUUUAUCGCUUUCAUGUGGUGAACGCGUUACGUCGUUGCCUUUUUCGGAUAUGGUUGACCACCUUGCCGAUAAAAUCUUAUGUAAUCAGAUUGGUGAAAUUGAUCGUAUUUUAAGAAGUGGUAAAGUGGAGCGUGUAGAUAUAGUUCUUGAUAAUUCUGGUCUCGAACUUUUCGCUGAUUUAGCAGUUGCAGAAUUAUUAAUUGGCAAGUGUGGUGUAAAGAAUGUCGUUUUUCACGGAAAGAGUAUGCCAUGGUUUGUGUCGGACGUUACUGGUAUAGAUUUCAACUGGACAGUCGAAAUGCUAAUUGCUAAUUCGGACUAUUUGUUGAGAAAUUUUGGUGUAAAAUGCUCACAAAGAUUAUCUGAUGGUGAAUUUGUUUUCCAAAGUCAUUAUUUCUGGACUCUUCCAUAUCCAUAUUACUUAAUGGCUGAGAAAGCUCCAGAUCUUUACAAUGAAUUAUCACAAUCGUCAUUAAUCAUUUUUAAAGGAGAUUAUAACUACAGAAAGCUGGUUAGUGAUCUAGAGUGGCCACAAGAUACUCCUUUCAAAAUAGCUUUACGAGGCUUCGGUCCAGCACCAAUUUUGGUGCUUCGUACUAUAAAAGCAGAAACGGUGGCAGGACUAAGUUCAAAUGUGAUUGACGAUUUACGGAGGAAAUAUGGUAGCAAUAAAAUUUGGAUGACAACGGGAGAAUAUGCUGUUGCACAGUUCACGAUAUGA